AGUUCGCUCUGGGGCGUUUAUUACAUGUCACCAUGGCAACGUAGUAGUAGUCAAAACAGCAAUCACUUCCCGUUUGUAUUAUUCGUCGGGUUGAACAAAUGCUUUAUUUUGUCGAUAUACACGACUUGUUUAUUUCUUUCAGGGAACAUUUAAAUAAAAAUAUCUUAGCUCUGAAAUUUCAUUGAUACCGUUAUUAACUGUGUAUAAGCGCAAAGUUUUUCCAUGACAGCAAUCAGCUGUUUACUGCGUGGUGUUCCUGCCAUUGUUCUGCACAUGAUAACAGUAAUUUGUUGUCCUUUCGCAAAGCGAUUUUGCCAUAGCUCUACGAUAAUGCACGAACGUGGAAAAGAUUAGAAAUUCGUUUCUAAGCACAAAUGAAGGCUCCUGAAGUAAUGGCAGCUGGAAGAGGGGUCAUAAGUUUGCGAUUCAAUCAGGAUCAAGGAUGUUUCACCUGUUGUAUGGAAACAGGAUUGCGUAUUUACAAUGUAGAGCCCUUAGUAGAAAAAGCUCACCUGGAUCUGGAUCUUGUCGGGAGUGUUUGUUCCUGCGAAAUGCUUCAUCGGACAAACCUGUUAGCUAUUGUCGCCGGGGGUCCACGACCUAAGUUUGCCGAGAACACCGUUCUCGUUUAUGACGACGCCUCCAAGAAGUUCAUAAUGGAACUUACGUUUCCUGCUAGGGUGCUUGCUGUUCGUUUGCGGAGAGACAGGAUGGCGGUUGCUACCUGUAAUCAAAUACAUGUAUUCACCUUCCCGCAACCUGCUCGACGCCUACUCACUCUAGAGACCAGGGACAAUGAACGUGGUAUAUGUGAGAUGAGUCCGAUGGCUACGAGUGAACGACAACUGCUUGCCUUCCCAGGUCACAAGCUUGGCAGUGUCCAACUGGUGGAUCUGGCAAGUACUGAAGCAGGCAGCUCAAGUGCACCUGUUACAGUCAAUGCACACCGUGGUGCAUUAGCGUGCUUGGCACUUAAUCAACAAGGUACAUUAAUUGCCACUGCAUCAGAGAAGGGCACGCUCAUUCGUGUGUGGGACACUGUGCGUCGAACUCUUGCAGUGGAACUGCGGCGUGGUUCUGAUCCGGCAACCCUGUAUUGCAUCAACUUUAGCCGUGAUUCAGAAUUUCUGUGUUGUUCAAGCGACAAAGGAACGAUCCAUAUAUUUGCCUUGAAGGACACCCAUCUCAACCGGCGCUCAACUUUCUCCAAAAUGGGCUUCCUCGGUAACUACGUGGAAUCACAGUGGGCACUCGCCAAUUUCACAGUACCCCCUGAAUGUGCCUGUAUCUGUGCCUUUGGAUCACGUACAUCUGUUGUUGCUGUGUGCUUGGAUGGCACGUUCCAUAAAUACGUCUUCAAUUCCGAUGGCAAUUGCAACCGUGAAGCAUUUGAUGUUUUCCUUGAUGUAUGUGAAGAUGAUGACACUUGCUGACAGCAGCCAGUGGUUCACAGAAACAGGGAAACAGUAACUUCUGUACAUAGUACAUUAGACUGUGUGUCUAGAACUGCUUGCACUCCCCUGCAGGAGGAUAUUUACAGCUAUAUUUUACACAACUCAUUUGAAAGUGAACUGUUGUCAUUUUGUGCUUGCUAUUUGUGGAUUUUUGCUUUUGUACAAAUAUAUUACAAAUGUGUAUUUAAUGUGUUGACUGCUGUCCAGUAAUGGAAAAUUGUGUUUAUUUUGUCUCGAGACAUGCUUUCACAGCAGCAUUGUUUCAUCCGUAUAGAGUCUUAAAAAGCAGCUAUGCACAAAUUAUUGUUUUAUUGUAAAUACAUCCAAGGGCUAUGUGUGCUAAUUCCACUGCCAGCAGUUGUACAUAAAGUGCUCAGAAAAUGGAGAAAACAACAAAUAAUUUGUUUACUAUACAGCUAAUGGGACAUUGUGUUCGAAUGUGUUCAUUGUUAGCUAAAUGAAAGACAUGAAUGGUGUUUGAUGAAAAGAUCUUUAAAUUUAACACUAUGCAUUUUGCUAAACAUGGUGCAUAUAUUGGUGGUUUUCCACAUGAUGGAUAUUUGUGUGUCACUUUCAGGAUUUUGUGGAAUGUGAUGGAGACAAUGUGAUUGUUUUUAGGGUAAGUGGAUCUCUGCAAAGUUUGCAGUUUUUAUGUGUAAUCCACAGAGUUCCUGCUGUUCUGGAAUAUAGUUGCUAGUUUUGUUAGUUUGGAUAUGAGUACUGUUGGUUCUGUUUCAGCAUGAAAUAAAUUCUACAAAAAGCAUGACUUAGAUGUUAGGAAUGUCUGUCUGUCUGUAAAAGAACCAAUAUCUAAGAAAGUUUUUAAGUUGUGUUGAAUUUCUCCCUAUCAUAUCUGUACAGGUGUGAGGUAUUGCUGUAAAGGAAUUGUCACAGUGUGAUACAAUUAUUGAGCAUUCUCAAUUCAUCCAUGAUAUAGCAUGGCAUAAAAAUGCCGCUUAAAAGUAAUCACAUAUAGUUUUUUCUAGGUGAUUCAUCAGAAGGUAAAAUUAGGGUAUCUGCAACAUAUUAUAUUUUCUGAAUACCAGUGUGACUGGUAGUGGAACUGAUAAAGGUGAAUGUUUUACUUAAAUAUUUAAUUUUGAUUUUUGUAAGCCAUGAACUUACAAAAAUUUCUUUGUUCUGAUUGUUGUUCUUCUUUGUGUUUGUAUGCUUUCCUGUCAGUGUUGUAGUUCAAAUAGAGUAGUUCUUGGAAACAUUCAGUCAACCAGUUGUAAUAAAUCUUAUUCCCUAGCAUAUUUUUUGUCAUGCCCACUAAUUAUAAUGUGAAAGCCAGAUAAGGUUGGAGAUACUAGUUAACUGCUUCAUGGAGAAUAGCCUUCUUUUACAGUAUGGUUAUAAAUAGUUCUUCACUUCAGGCAAGAGAAGAAAUUACUGCUUAUCUUCUCCAGAAUGAUUCAACAUUUGUUGUUCUAUUUCCUCCAGUAGAUGUUUGUGGUGUAAUGUACUAUUGUUCCUCUCCUCCUUGCUGAGCAUUUCUUCCAUUUAUGUCUCUGUGAUGUUCAUGUAUUCUACUCAUAUGGCAUGCUUUCCCUUUCAUUGACCCAGUAAGUUGGUUUUGUUGGUGAAGUAUAAUAAAACCUGGGCAUAAGUUAAGUUUUAACUGUGCUUAGUGUCAACAGAAUCUAGAACAUGAAAUCACAUUUCUUGUCAGCUUCCAUUUUUUCCAUGCCUUGCCUUAAUUUUUUAAUUGUUGUUAAAUGUAAUAUCAGUAUCUUUGUAAUAAGUAUAUAUCAAAGUUUUUUAUUAUAUCACUAUUGAUUAGUGGGCCAUCAGUCAUUAAGUUACUUCUGCAAAUUGUUUAGUAGUUGUAGCAUAUUCUUUGAAUUUUUAUGCGUGAAAUAUUAAUAACAAAUUAUAGUUAUUUCUUAUUUGAAUCUGUUUAUUUGAAAAUUUUUGGUGAAUCCUUAUUUAAUCAGUUUGUUACAACUAUCAAAAGCAAUUCUCUCACAAUUUCUCUUUAGUCUGUCUUUUAUUUACUUGCCUCUACGCUACUAUUUAUACUGAACAAUUAUUUUAGUUCUUUAUUCUAUUGUAGCGCUGCAUAUGUUUUUUACACUUAUUAAUUAAAAACAAAUUCAUACGGUUACCAGUUGAUAAAUUAAUGUAUGUAGGAGACCUGUGUACAAAGUGAGAUAUUUAAUGUGUCUAAUUAGUGACACACAUUUCAAUUUAAUAAAAUGACUGUAAUUUGAGCAGAACUGCCUUGUUGCACUGCAUAACAUUCUGCAGCUCUUGGAAGUGCAUCCUCUUGCAAGCAGUACAUUUUUAUCAGUCAUAAUUUUUAAAGAUAAGCCAUAGACUGAUGUCAGUGUACAUUUAGAAAAAUGUAUGUUUGUCUUCCAUUUCUAGAAAUUCAGUAAAAUGGUUUCUGUCAAAAUUAGUCUCAUUUAUAUGUUCUGAGUACCUGACAAUCUGUUAAUAACAAUUCCUAUCUUUCUUUUACAUUGUAGUUAUAUAUUAAGAAGUCAUUUAAUUUUUUAUCUAACUUGAUAAAUAGUUUUUAUUGCUUCAAUUAAGUUACAUUUCUUGACAGUGUGUCAAACUGAGUCAAUAUAUUAUUGGUUUUAUUACAUAAACAGGGUUAAAGUUUAUCUCAGUGUAAAUGUACUAAGCCAUGCAGUAUGUUUGUAGUAUUUUGCCGUAUCUGUGUGAAAUAGUUGAAUAAGAAUAAAAUAACAAUUUUGGCAGAUUAAAAUUGAGCACCAAAUCAGAACUCAAAAUACAGAUCUAUUAUCCAAACAUGGCUCAUAGACAGGGUGAAAGCUUCAUUCAGCCAGUAUAUUCUCCACAUUUCUGCAAACCCCACCUAAAUGUUCCUGCACAUAUACUAAAGAGUGAAAAUUUUGUUUAAGAAAUAGCACUUCAAACAAGGUUUUCAACUUGGGAAACCAGUAUGCAACACACUCAUGUUGGGGUUUGUAAAAAUGAGGUAGAGGCACAGAAAGUUUGGAACUUCGAGUAAUUACAAAUUGCUUGCUCAGAUGGCUGUGUUGCCUGUGGAAGACAAGUAUCUGGAGGCAUGUCUGUCUGGCACACGGUUUUCAUUUUCAACAUAUUCCGCUCCUUUGCUCAUAUAUCAGCAUCUUAAUCAAACAGUUCUAAAUGUUUGUAUAUACAUCCUCUAUUUGCUUACUGUAUGAUCCACUUUGUCAGUAACUAAAACUUGAAAAAGAAAUAGAUAUAAAAUUUCACAUUAAAAUUUAGCUUUGACUUCACAAGUUGCUAUAGUUAGCAGAAGUUAAACCUAGAGAUAAUGUGGGUGAGCCAAAAUUCAGUUACCAACAAUGGCUUUUUUGCUGGAAAAAGUAUUGUGUAAUGGACAGCAGUCACCUGAUUCUGUGAUACAAAGCCUUGCUUACAAAAUUCAAAUGUGCUGAUUUAACUUGUUUGUAUACCCUAAAAAUAAUUUUCCCUUUUGAGAUGUAUUCUCUGUGAACAGUGCCUUUUUCUUUGAAAGAGAGAUUGCUGUCUUGACAUGGACCUUUGAGGACCAAAUUUUGUUUGUUGUAUAAGAAUUUUUUUUCAAUUCAUACAAAUGACUUGUGUUCUUUUUUUUUUUAUCUAAGUGUAUGUUUCUUUUGUGUUAUAAACUCUGCAAAAACUGAAUUUGUUGUGCUCAUAAGUAGGUUCCAUGUCCACUUUCCUGUUGCAUACUGAAGCACAUUAUAUUUCAGAUGUUGAUCUCAGAUGUCAUCUCCCUGUAUUUCAUCUGAUUUUGUCCUUUGCCUCUUUCUUAAUUUGCUGAUAAUUUCAGCUAUUUUCAGCGCCGUCCAGUGUUCCAGGCCUCCUCCUCUUUCUUGUGUGAAUUAUGUAUGUUAUUUGAAAUGACUUUAGUAGAAUUGCAUCAUGCUUUAACCGUUUCCUCUGAAUGAUGCCUUAUACCCUUUGACAAUAAAUGUACAUCUCAUUUAUCCUUCCAUUGCACAACCAACACCAUACCUUCAAAGAUAUGUCAGUGAAUUUUUCAUCAUUUCUACUCUGUAUGGAACAUUUAUUUUGACACCAAGCCUCAUUACAUCUGUCAGGGAGGAAAUGUUGACAAUGUGCUCUUCAGCAUCAGCAUUUGGUAGAACUUGCAUGAUUGAUAUGACAUAGUUUCAAGCUAUAUUUGUGUGGUGUAUUCUAUAUAUCUGGAACCCCUUACCAGGGACAAAAUCAGUAAUUAAAAAUUCUAACAUAUAUCCCAGAAAACACUUACUAAUGCCCAAGGCCAUUAAAAAUUGGGGAAUUUAAAUACCAUAGCUGAUGGUAUCUAAGAGAUCGACAAUACAUACAUAUUCUGCAAAGACUGUAAAGUUUAAGGUAAAGGAUACUUAGCAUGCUACCACACAAAGGCUUCCCUCCUAUUCCAAUCAUGUGUGAAGUGCAGAAGGAACAACUGCUUAAAUGCAGAGACAAGGCUAAAUAUCUUCUCUUACUCCAAGCUGAAACAGACAGCAAGCUAGAAAAAUGAUACUGUGCCUGUACAUUAAUCAACCUCACAGAAUAGUUAAACAUAUUUAUUCAUCAAUUACGGAACUGAAAAGCAAAGUGUGUAAGAUAAGCAUGAAUAUAAUGAUACAGUUUUCUCCACAGUGUUGAAAUUAUAGGAUUCAAGCUACUUAUUGAAUAGCAUGUUGACACAGCAACCCAUCAUGUUACCAACCAUAUGUACUGCCUCUUGGUGAGCAGUUUUGCAUAACCUGCUGUAGACAGUUGUCUUCAACAGAAAUACUCUGCGCUACCCAUGUAAUUAUUUAUUAUUAUGUAUUAUUUACAUUCUGUCAGAUCUUUCCUUACAAUAUAUAUGUAUUAGUUAGUCAUCUUCAAAAUUACUUUAUAGCAAUAAUCAACUGAAACCCCUGUUCAAUGUGAAAACUUUGAUCAAAAAUUAAAGUUGACAGAAUCUCCUAUGUAAUCUUUCAUCCUCAGUUCUUAUCAUCAGGAAAGAAAUUCCACUCAGCUUCAUCAUAUACUGCUGAUUUGUUUACCAUAAAACACUUGUUGCUGCCAUCUGAUUCACUUUAGUUUUGCUUUGAGGCAUUGUUUUGUGUAGAUUCAAAUGGAGAGAUGUUUGUGAAAAAUUCGAAGCCCCUGAAAUCUUCACUCUGUUGAUUGUUUCCCAUUGCAGUGGAUAAUAUAGAUGUUUGUCAUGUAAGAAUAAGAAUAAGAACAUGGACUUAAAAAUACUUUCUUGAAAUUUUGCUAUGUUGUACCAGACAAGCAUUAUAAGCAGGAAACAAGUAAUACCACCCAGAACAGGGUGCCGGAGACGAGUAAUCACAGUCUCUUUUAGUAUGACCAAAAUAGGGUUCUAUUUAAAGAGAAUACAUAUGUACCUAUGGCAGAUGUGGUUAUGAAGUUUGUGUCUACUUUCCAGAUGUUGAAUUACAAUUUAAAGUUUUCUCUCAUAAUGACUGUAAAAAUUUUGCGUAAUUUGUUUAUAUUGAGUAAUAUGUUCCUAUACCAGUUGUAAAGAAUCUUUUUUAAAAGAGGACUACAUAAAUGCAUAGGCAACAAUUAAUGCACUUGGCUGUGAGUACAUUGACAUUAAUUUUUUCUGUUAUUUUUAUGUUAGAAAUAGUGUUAACCCAUCAUUUUCACCGAUUUAAGAGUUUUAGUUUGUCUUUUUAAUGUCUGUUGACAUUUGAAGAACCAAACUGUUCAAUUACGUGAUCAGUCAAAAUUAUGGACCAUGCCAGUACUUGUACCAAGAUAUAUUCAAAUUUUUUUUCCAUGGUCUCAGGGUUGUUAUGCGAUGGCUGUUAACAAAGCAUAUACGUCAUGAACAGUAAAAACCCUAAGGUUGUGGAGGUGCCUAACUCCUCAUUGUAUCCUCUGUAUCCUUUCUCCCUGAGGCACUAGUCACACAAAAUCAUAUGAGAGUCUAGAAAGUCUCAAAGGAAAGAGAGAUGGUGGUAUUGAGUUGAAGCUUAGAGUAAGUGUAUGGGACAGUGCAGUUUGCCUGUCAAGCAUACAAUUUGAACUUUCCUUCAAUCUAAUGUAUACUUGCAAAUGAGUAGAAUAACACCAGAACCUUUAAUAAGAAGUUUGCAGAUAUCAGCUUUCCCCUCAUUCUCUCUCUCUCUCUCUCUCUCUCUCUCUCUCUCUCUCUCUCUCUCUCUCUCUCCAAAAUAUACAUCCAUAACCUUUAAACUACCUGUGGUGAUUUUUGUUUUACAAUAACAUCAUCUCCCACCAACCUCAAACAUCAGUCACACUUUUGUUUUUAAUGUAACUGUCAAUUUAUAAAUGAAAAAUGUUAAUUAGUGACACAAUGUGUAUUAGUGUAGAGAAAGAUGGAAAUUGUGUACAGUCUUAAACAUUUGGAACCAAAAAGAGGAAAUAAAAAAUGACAACUGGUAGAAUGUAAUGCAGCAUCAGAAGAGUUACCAUACAACAGAAAUUAAACAAUGGAGAUCAGCACAUUAUUUUCAGAUUGACAAUUAAAUCUAUGUGAAUGCUGAGAAUGAAGUUAACAUACAAGAGACUAGAAGAAGAAAGUGAUAAAGAAGGCAAUGGCAAGAACAGAAAGAAUGUGCAUGUUCAGAUGAAUAAUGAAGGGAGAUGGAAGAAACAUUGACGGACUCAGUAGUAGUACAAAUUACUGUAAGUAACCAGGAGGAGAGUGCUAAGAGCCUAGCACAUUCUAGAGAACAGAUUUUGGUUUGUGAUUUCCUGAAGAUCAGGUGGUAUUCAGGUAGCUGAUUUUAUGAACAGUCAUCCAUGUACCCUCAUGUUAACAGACUACACUCUUUGGCUGUAUGCAUUUUUUUUGUAACUCGAAGGUCUGAAUAUGUUAAUGAACACUGUCCUGAGUGUUCCUCAAUUUCUGUGAGUCUGAUCCAUUAUCAGCUUAUGCUCUUUAAUUACACAGUCCUAUUUAUCAUUAUUAAUAACCAAAUUGUAUUUAAAGUAACCAUACUGCUUGUAUUUUGUUUUUCGUUUUUGUUGGUGACUCAUUGUUCCAAUUUAUAGAAACAGGUUUCGCAUGAAAUGGUGAAAAAAACAGUAGCUUAUACUUCUGCCAUUACAGAUAUCACAAAAAGGAAGAUGAUUCUUGCUGUGUUUUAUAUUCCAAACAAUGCCAAUUUUGUAUUUGCUUAAAUGUUGAGUUUUAUUGGACUGGAUGCUCUGUAUUGGAUCUGUAGUGAUCGUAAAGUGAUCAUGUUUAAUAAGGAAUGUUGCCUUUUGAGUUAUUAACAACAGAAUUUCUGAUUAUGGUAACACACGCCCAAUUUUGCUGAGAAAUUGCAAUGUCCAUAUUAGUGUUAGUUACUCAAUUAAUGAUUUGUUGACAUGUUUCAGUUUGUCCCCUUGUGGUUGAUGUACUAUUUAAAGCUACCAAUACUAACUUAAAAAAAAAUCUUCCAGCAAGAAUAUUCCACUAUAGACAGCAUGGUCAUCUGUAUCCAAAUUUUUGAUACCAAAAUUUCUUCUCUAAACGCAACCAUGAGUAAACUGCAAAUGAUUUUUAAACAUUACAAAAAUAACUAUGCAAUUUUAAAAAAAUAGAAUCAUCAAAAUAAUGCACCAGUGUUUGGUGAUUUGUAGAACUGUCCAUAUAUGAUUUUACUACAGUUUUUUAGCCUCCAUUUUUAAUUCUUAGUUGUGCAGGCAAUUCACAGGUGCUGUGAAACCCUGAAUGUACUAACAGUUACAAUUUUACUAUAAUAUGUAAAAGAGAUUUCUUUUGUUGUUGUUAUGCUCUGAUGAUUAUGCAGUGUGGCAUGUUGUCCGUUUCUUCACCUGCCUGUAAAUGGGUUUCGGCCAGUGGAUUUAACAUAUGAGAGUCUGCCAUUCUAACCAGUGCGGGAUUCUACACAAAUAAGAUUCAGAUUUUCCUAGAAUAUCUCAAAAUAAUUUUGUUUGUGUCAUGCAAACAUUUUGUUCAUUAUUCAUCUAAUAGUUUGUGCAGUAGUUACCGUCAAUGGUAAGAAAUUUUGGAGCCAUUGGUAAUCUUAUUUUCAGGUAGCCAACAUUAAUUGUUGUAAGCCAGUUGCAGAUUCAGAAUAGAUUGUAUAUGGCUUACCCUAAUCUCCAAACAUAAUUGUUCAGUCAAGACUUAUUACUUCCUUCUUACUUUCCUUCAUACUUUUGUUAGCAAUUCUUACACAUACAGGGUUUUUGGUUUCAUUCCUUUCACUCGCAAUGUAUUCCCUUCCAUAUGUUGUGAACACAGUGUUUCAUCUUCUAGCCUCAGAUGUGGCUAAUUCUCUACAGAACGACUUCCACCACUUCACCAAACCACAUUUUUCUGAUGGUAGUUUGCUAACAAAACAAUUGGCCAGUAGCAUGAAGUAAUGUCAUUGUGUUCUUCAGUGUAAGGGCUGGUUUCAUACAGCUCUAUAUUGUGCCAAAAUGUACAAGGACUGUCCCAUAUUGUGAAAUUAUAAUGUACUUCUGUAUACUCAAAUUAGCCUCAUUUAAUGCAUCACACUGCUGCAUUGUAUCUAUCCUUUAUCAGAGGUUCAGUGUUACUUAUUGACUGUUUGUUGCAUAUAGUUUUCAGACAUUUCCAUAAGCCAUAACAUAGGGUCAGCUCAUUUUGUGCUCUUAAAGAAAAUUCAGAGGCAAUCAAAUGUAUUUGCUCCUAUUAUAUAAACUGAGUACAGCAAAGAACUUUUUGGGGGUUAUUUCGUAUGUCACAGAGAAAAUAACAGGAAGUUACAGACACCUCUAGUACACACUGAGGCUUUUUUUUUUUUU